GGAGUGGCUCGACGGAAGCAUGAUCGGCGACCGCGGGUUCGACCCGUUCGGAUUCGCGAAGCCCGCGGAGUACCUUCAGUUCGACCUGGACUCGCUGGACCAGAACCUCGCGAAGAACGUCGCCGGAGACAUCAUCGGAACCAGGGUGGAGGCCGCGGAGGUCAAACCGACGCCGUUUCAGCCCUACUCCGAGGUCUUCGGCUUGCAGCGGUUCCGCGAGUGCGAGCUCAUCCACGGAAGGUGGGCGAUGCUGGGUGCUCUCGGUGCUUUGGCCGUUGAGGGUCUCACCGGUGUCGCAUGGCAAGACGCCGGAAAGGUAGAGCUGGUAGAAGGGUCAUCUUACCUGGGACUUCCUCUUCCAUUUUCAUUGACCACACUGAUCUGGAUCGAGGUGAUAGUGAUAGGGUACAUAGAGUUUCAAAGAAAUGCAGAACUUGACCCAGAGAAAAGGUUGUACCCUGGGGGAAGGUUCUUUGAUCCUCUGGGUUUGGCCAAUGAUCCUGAAGAAAAGGCUAGACUUCAACUUGCAGAGAUCAAGCAUUCUCGUUUGGCCAUGGUCGUCUUCCUCAUCUUCGCAAUUCAAGCUGCAGUAACAGGCAAAGGCCCUAUCAGUUUUCUUGCUACCUUCAGCAAGUGAGAUAUAUAUGUAUAACUUCAUAAAUAAAAACUUUCCACCUAAGUAUCCUCUAAUUUUAUUCAUUCUUUUCUGUGCACCCAAAAGACAAAAGCUGCUACGUAUCAUUAUGUUUGUAUGUAUGUACCUACUCUGUUGUAUGCUUCUGUAUGAUAUAAAGUAAUAUUUGGUACAA